AUGAUGGAUAAAAGUUGGAUUUUCCAAAAGAAUAGAUUAUCAGUGGAGUAUUUUGAUGGACUUAAGAGUUUUAUUAAGUUAUCAACUUUGCAUUUAAAUGGUGAAAAUAAGAUUCGAUGUCCAUGUGUUUCAUGUAUGAACUUAUAUUAUCAUGACUUAGAGACAAUUGAGCGUCAUAUAUUCGUAAAAGGAUUUUAUACCAAAUAUCUUAUGUGGGAGUUUCACGGGGAAGAUAUCACAGAAGUAAACGAAGAUCAAGAAGAAGUAGAAUCAAACAGUGAAGAAGACAUACCAUAUGACAGUGAUGAUGAUGAAGACAAUGACGAUAUGAGACCAGCAUUAGAAGAUUUAGCUAGUCAAUAUCAUAGGAAGAGUGAUUUUGUGAACCUUGGAGAUUCAAAUGAGCACAAUGAUGAAAGGAAUACAUUGCCUGACUUAUUUGCAGAAGCAGAAAAUGAGUUAUACUUUGGAUGUACAACGUUCUCAAUCUUAACAUUUAUUGUUAAUCUAAUGCACAUUAAAAAAGAGAAUAAAAAUGCUAAAAGAUGUCCUAUAUGUGGUCAUGAACGAUACAAAUUCCAAGGAACUAAAGGCAAGAAGAUCCCACACAAAAAGAUGCAAUAUUUUCCUAUAACUCCACGACUACAGAGACUUUUUAUGUCACGCCAUACAUCAUCUGAUAUGAGGUGGCAUAAGGAAGAACGUGUUGAUACAGAAGGUGUACUUAGACAAUUGGCAGAUGCAGAGGUUUGGAAGGAUUUUGAUAGACAAUAUCCAUAUUUUGCAAAAGAAUCUAGAAAUGUAAGGCUUGGAUUUGCAACAGAUGGGUUCAAUCCAUUCAGCGAUUUAUCAAACUUGUACAGAAAAGACAUAGAUGUCUAUUUACAACCUCUGAUCGAUGAGCUGAAAGAACUAUGGGAAAAUGGUGUACGUACUUUUGAUAUUAUUGAUAAAGAAUAUUUUACAAUGCGUGCAACAAUAUUGUGGACGAUCCAUGAUUUUCCAGCAUAUGGUAUUGUAUCUGGGUAUAGCAAUCAAGGUUAUAAAGCUUUUCCUAUUUGUGAAGAUGACACAUCUUCAUUUCAAAUAAGAGGAAAAACAUGUUUCAUGGGUCAUCGUCGAUAUUUGUGUCCGGACCACCAAUGCGCAAUGAUAUGGAGUAUGAUGGUACAAUCGAACGGCGUUCACCUCCAAGAAUUUUAA